CCCGGAAGUAAAACGUGUAGGCUUUACUGACCCCUGCUGGCCUUAAAAAAAACAGGCUCAUAAAUGGCUGCUCCACUGUUUUCAUUACCGUGUACUGAUAGAGUGAUGUGAAGUUUAAAAAAGAAAUAUACGUACUCAAUAUCAAACAGCGCACUUCAUCAAAAUCACCGUGUCAAGAAUGGACUGGAGAUCUCGAGAAAGAGGAACAAGAGGAGGCCGAGGACACCGAGAUGAAGAGAGCAGGGAUACGAGGUUGUCUAAAUCAAUGACUUAUGUGUUACGUCAUGGUGCUAGUAAGAUGGGCCUUCAGAUGCACUCGGAUGGCUUCAUGUAUGUGGAGGAUCUUCUAGCACAUCAGCAGUUCCGCUCAUUUUCAUUGGAGGACGUGCAGCGAGUGGUGGCCAGCGAUGACAAGCACCGAUUCAAGCUUCAAGCACACCCUGAUGACGGACGUCAUCGGAUACGAGCAAAUCAGGGUCACUCUUUGCAGGUGGCAGAUCUGGAGUUGAAACAGGUGGCACCUGAUGAUCCGAACUGUCCAAAAGAGGCUGUGCACGGCACAUACAUGAAACACUGGCCGUCUAUACAGAGCCAGGGUCUCAGCCGAAUGAACAGAACUCACAUACACAUGGCACCUGGGAUACCUGGAGAGGGCGGAGUCAUCAGUGGUAUGAGAAAGAACUGUGAGUUGGCUGUGUACAUUAAUGUCCCUAAAGCUAUUGCAGAUGGGAUUCGGUUCUUCUGGUCAGAGAAUGGGGUUCUGUUGACUCCUGGAGAUGCUGGAGGGAUGUUAGCGCCUUGCUACUUCUCUAGGGCACAAAAACUCAAACCCACAGUUUGUGAAAUUGAGCUGCAUUAGCUUUUGGAGAGGAUUUCUGACCGACAUUACUUCUUAAAUAUGGACACGUGCAGAUCUACUUGACAUGAUGGCGUAAAAAGUAGUGGGAAUUUUUUAUACACACAGUAUAUCUCU